UGCGUACUUAACAAACAAACCCUCGCCUCUGUCGCUUUGACUCUUCCCCAAUCCCGGGAACCGAACUCUGAAAUCGAAUGGGAGAAACCGGAGCGGAGGACGAGCCGCGGCGGAGCACGGCGGCGGCGGAGCAGUGCGGCGGCGAUAGCGGGGAGGCGGCGGUGCCGCGCCUAAUCGAGCGCGCCACCACCUCGACCGCGGGGGAGGUCGACCCCCGCCUCCUCAAGGCCAUCAAAUCCACCGUGCGAUCCUCCGACGCCGAGAUCCGCGUCGCCGUCGAUUCCCUCAUGGACCACAUGAAGAAGCCCCACUCCCAGGUGCGAUACCUUACUGUGCUUAUAAUCGACGAACUGUUUAUGCGUUCGAAGCUCUUCAGAUCUCUCUUUGUGGUCAAUCUCGACCAGUUCUUGACCUUAAGCGUAGGUUUCAGGCGAAACAUGCCGCUUCCUCCUCCAUCUUCGAUCGCGUCCAAUCUCCGCAAGAAGACCAUCGAGCUGUUGGAGAAAUGGAAUGCCUCAUUCGGCAUCCACUAUAGGCAGGUUCGCCUGGGCUUUGACUACUUGAAGAACACACUUAAAUUCCAAUUCCCGAACCGGUUAGAGAAUGCUGCUCGGCUUCAACAAGAGAGGAGGGAAAGGGAAAGAAGGACGCAGGAGAUUCUUCUUAGCAAGCUUGAGAAUCUCAAGGAGAACUAUUCAUCCAUCAAAGCUGAGAUUCAAUCUACGGUUGACGAGAUUGGAGAAUGCUUUGAGAUUAUCAAUUCCCAACGGGAGGAGUUCACUUCUAAUGAGGAUGAAGUGGAGGAGUUUAAGUCGUUCGAGUUGCAGCAAAUUCGACUGGGCUCUUUGAAGGAAGGGGAGAAGGUUUGCGAAAACAACGAGAACACGGCCGUGUUUGAUGCUUUAAGGGAAUUGCACAAGCUAUUAGUCUCAAAGCAUUUGGCAUCAGUGCAAGAGUGGAUUUCUGUUCUCAUUAGAGUUGAGCUCGCUGAUAACAAGUUUAGGGAUAUGGCAUUGAAGGAGAUGAUUGACAUCCGUAAUAAUAUCCAAUCAGUCCGAAAUAGAUGCAAGCUGCUUGGCUGCGUUCUUGAUGAUGCUCAUGAGCAAAAGGCCAUGAAGGUAGAUGAGGAGGAAGAGGAUUUAUGGGAAGAGGGGAAGGUAGAAAUUUAUAAUUCGGGGCCCUCUAGCAUUAAUGAUAGUUCAGUUGUGAAUGAUAUGGAUGUUCAGAGUACUAGCAAUGAUAAAACUAAGCCCUUGGAUGGAAGAGCUUCUAGUUCAAAUUUAGAAAGGUCAAAGCUUUUGGCUGAAGCCCCGGUGAUGACGUGGGGCCCAUUCUUGGACAACUGGGGUGCAAACCGGGAUGCAUUGGCAAACCAGAGGGGGCUCGAGCUUGAUGGCCAUUGGGGCAGGGUAGAUUACGAUGCCGUUAUACCUGCAGAGAAGAUUGCAGAGCUCAAUGUUCAUCGAACGAUAUAUAAGGAAGAGCCUAUUGAGAUUCGACCUUGCCUCGCACCUUUGAAGAAGGGGGGGCUAUGUCAGAGAAGGGAUCUUAGGAUUUGCCCUUUUCAUGGACCGAUAGUUCUGCGUGAUGCCGAGGGAAAUCCAAUUAAGCAGAAUGCAGUAAGUGAGGAACAAAGUGUAAAGGAGGACUCUACUUUGAUGACAGAUACAAAGAAUGAGUAUAAUGAUGUCGAUAAGUCUUUUGACUUAGGUGAGGAAAUGUUUGGAAUGUUGGCUAAACAAGCAGUGAAGAAUUUGCGCGAAAGAGAUAGAGAUGUGAAGUUGAUGAAGAAAGCGAAACUUGCAAAGGUUCGUGAGCACAAUGAAGAAGUUCUAAGGGAAGCUGCUAUAGCCUCAACUUCGUAUUCUGACGCUUUUGGGCACCCUACAGAGGGAUCAGUGCGAAAUGCGGUUGGGGUCAAGGUGAAGAAGCCAACAUUGGCGUCAAUGCUGAAGAAGAAAGUGACAGCAAAAGAUAGGUUAGCACAGAGGCUUUUGAAUUCACGUGUGAGGGAUGCUGCGGUACAAGAGCUUUCUCAGGGGGAGGAUUUGAAGUAUAGAGAAGCAUUCCCAAAUCAGUGGUGAAUGAGAAAAUAAGGCAAAGCCGGAUUGACGUGAAGCAGACACCUGAAUUGUUGCGUAUGUGGUCUCACUCAACAAUUGUUAAUCAUCGACUUUCUGGCAGCGCAGGAAGAAGUACUCUAUGGAGAAGUGCUUUUCUCUAUAAUCCACAACUAGCAGAAGCAUUAUAUGGUAUCACGAAGUGCAUAAAGAUAUUGAGCUACAUGGUUCCAAUAGUCGAGGAAGAUAGUGCUAGAACUGCAUCUGAUUCCCAGAUUAGAUGUUCCUGUAGUGUGAUAUGGAAAUAAAAACUCAUAAAAAACGUAUUAGUUUUUAGUGGUCCAUUUUUUAAACUUUCCCCUUGUAUAUUUUUUUGUUUUACUGGAGAACAAAUUUGUUUUUUUUAUUUAUUUAGUGAUCUAAUGUUAUGGAGAUUGUAUUUUGCUCCCAAUAAGCUGUCAGAUUCAGAGCAUGCUUACUGUCCUCUUCGACUGAAUACUGCUCUUGCUUGUGAGGGGUGUUGUAUUUCGGAUUUGACCUUCUUUUGCAAACCUGUUCUUUAUUAA